CAACGCCUUAAAACUGUUUGGAUGCGAUAAAAAAAGCUUGAAUUAAAAAGGGUAAAAAGAGGAAAUAAGGAAUCACGUGAAACUAGUUGUGGUCAUGUGAUCAUGUGAGAGGAAAAUGGCUGCUACGGGGGAGGAGGCCGCUGCGAUGGACAACAUCAGUAGAGUAACUGCACCUCCGACCGACCUGAACCUCUCAACUGAGCCCGAUCCGAGGAGGGAUGCGGGUGGGACUGAGAUCAAGGCGCCUGCACCAAAAAGAUCCAGCAAUAACAAUGAUGGAGGUGUGGAAACAGCAGAAGAGGCUACUGAGCCUGCUGAACCAGACAUCAAUGAGCUCUGCAGAGACAUGUUUGAGAAGAUGGCAGUAUUUUUACAAGGAGAGCUUACUGCCACCUGUGAAGACUAUACACUUCUGGAGAACAUGAACAAGCUCUCCAGUCUAAAGUACAUGGAGAUGAAGGACAUAUCAAUCAACAUCAGCCGCAAUCUGCAAGACCUCAAUCAGAAAUAUGCCAGUUUGCAGCCCUACUUGGAUCAGAUUAACCAGAUCGAGGAGCAGGUAACAUCUCUGGAACAGGCUGCUUAUAAACUAGACACAUAUUCAAAGAAACUGGAGGCCAAGUUUAAGAAACUGGAGAAGCGGUGAAUGUGUGUUAUGUGUGCACGCAUGUGUAUGUAUUGCCUGAGUGAGACCUAUGCACUCUCAAGAAGUUGAGAACAAGAUUGUCAUAACCUAUAGGUGGUAUUGGACUGUGCAUAAAGUACUGUUAGGUACAGAAUUCACAUAUCAAAUUUGGGUUUGAAAAAAUCCAAACAAAGUGGCUAAGUGCAGGAGAAAUAAGCUGGACAUGCUUGCAGGAAUCAUUAAAAUAUGUUCUUACUAAACCAUAUACUCCAAACCAACUCCUUUUAUCAAUAGAUUCUUAGGGUUUCAAAAGGCAUGAAUUACAUGUAAAUACAGUAUAUAUAUAAAUGCUUGUUAUCAGUUGCUAACAAGAGUUGAAAUGUUUGUGAAAUAGUUCGUAAUUUUUUUAUUUGUUUGCUGUUAGAAAAGCAAACAUUUCGUAAGCUCCUUUGUAUCGCUGUUUAAUUAUUUUCAAAAGCAUAUUCACUAAAAAUGUCAAUUUGUGAUGUUUUUUUUUAAUAAAAAGCAAUCAAAAAAAUGAUGUGGACAUUCAUAUACAGUAUAUAUUAUUAAGGAAAUAUAUAGAAAUAUGUAUAGCCAGGAUUGUUGGCAGACAGUGACAGCUGAUAUUUAUAUGUUAUGGAUGGCUAGCAAAUGUAUUUCGUAUUUAAGUUCAGUUUAAGCAUACAAAUGAAAAAUUGGAUUCAUGCUAUUUAAAACAUCUCUCUUUACAUCCACCAGAGGGCAGUCUAAGUCCACACAUCUUAUAGUCUGACUAAACCUUUAACCUGAUUUUGUCAGUAAGGCACAUGGACAGAUUCAGAGCCAUGUAUGGUGAGGUGCUCAUCUGCAGAGAUAGUGUGUGUUCAGUCUCCAAUGUCAAACUACUAAAUAAUCAACACAGACCAUUUUGUGCACAGUUUUGUACCAAACGUGUAGGAGAGAACUGUUUUGAUUUUCCAUCAUUCAAUCAUUUUAAAACCUCCAACUCUCAUGAAAGUUGUAUAAAGCAGAGCGAUACUCGAC